AUGGCAACCACUCAGCGUCGCGAGCAUAAGCGAGUGUAUCAGGCGUGCGAGCCUUGCCGCGAGAGAAAGGUGCGCUGCGAGCUAGGCGCUGUGGACCAGCCUUGUAAGCCACCAUGUGCACGUUGUCGUCGGGAGUCGAGAGAAUGCGUGUUCGCAGCCUCCAGGAUUAGGGAUGUAGCAGAGUCAAAGGCAAGGCAUCGACUCUCGUCCAGCACUCGUCAUCUCAAACGACACUCCUCUUCGCCUAUAGUCGUAGAUAGAGCUUCGGCGCCCACAGGCGUCUAUUCAUCACCAGCGUCACCGAAUCCCCGCCCUAUCAUCAGCAAUGCCACACCGACAUCUCGAGAACAGCGCCAGCAACAAAGUCAUUUACUACCGCCGAAUGGUCGCGCCACCGCUGUCUUGCUCAGGGGCCAUCCCCGUACAUAUCACGACGCGUUGACUGUCUUGUCUGAAGCAUGCGACAAUGCCGAGCGUCGCAGGGACUUCCCUGCGCAUUUGAAUACGGCCGUGCACUCCCAAAGUUCACCCUCUGAUACCGGCAAUGCAUCGGCCGGGCACGCUUCCAACACCUUCAGUCCAGGUACUCGCGAGGCUCUACGAGCAUGGUCUGGUUUAAGAUUUGUCCGAGGUGGAUUGUUCACUCCAGAGGAGGCGCUCAAUAUGGUUGACCACUUUUACAAGUUUCAUGCGCCCUUCUCACCAGUGGCUCCAGAGUGUUUUCGUGCCCAUGCGCAACACCCGACACUAAUCGAAGAGGAGCCGAUUCUCACCAUCACCAUCCUGAUGAUUGGUUCCCGAUACAAAAAGUGGACGGGGCUAGCUGCGGCAUCACGUUCAUUUCUCAUCCACGAUCGGCUCUGGAGGUACCUUCAGGGUAUGAUCACUCGCCUGUUCUGGUGUGAAGAUAUAUUCGUCGGGGAAUUCGCUUCGCUAACGGAUCCCUUCAAUGGCUCGGACAAUGCAUCCUUCCCAACGCGUUCUAACAUUUGGUCGAAUGGAUUUCGCACAAUUGGAACAUGUGAAGCCCUAUUGCUUCUCUUGGAUUGGCACCCACAAGGACUUCAUUUUCCACCACCAGACGAAGAUACCACGUCAACUAUUGUUCGCGAACCGAAGAGACGACGUCUUGCUGCCGAACAUAAGCGACAUCGCGGGCCAGGUUCGGGACAUGACUGGCUGGCACGAUCGGAUCGACUAUGCCGUUCCAUGCUGUCGACGGCUUCAAUGCUCGCUACCGAGAUGGGGGUGUUUGACGAGGAAGAGCUGGUUUCUGAAAGCGAAAACAACCCACAGAGUAUGCGAGAUAUGGCUUCCCAUCAGCAGAGAUUCUGUCGAGUGCGGUAUUUAAUUUGGGUAUAUGCCACGCAACAACCCGGUAGACCAGGAUGGAGAAUCUUAACUCCCGAGCCAUCUCUUUUAUUUCCGUCAACAGAUGAUGAUACAAUAAAAUGUUGGGCUCGGGUAGCCACCAUCAUGAAGUAUGCGAAUGAGCUACUCUUCUCGUCACAAAAACAUACAAAUGAGAUCAUUCGAAAUGGAGAAUAUAUAAAAUUUCUUCAGACCCUGCAACCGCUUCUUCAGGAAACUAUCCUUGAAUUCGAUCAGUCCAAAUUAACGAAACAAAUGCGAUCGAUCUUGACUAUUGAAUACGCUCAUGUCCAGUUAUGCAUUUUAAGCGUUGCGCUGCAAGCUGUCAUAGAACGACGCUACUACUGUGACGACACAGCCAAGGAACCGCAGCCCAUUCCUACUCACGUCUUGAAACAAGAGGAGGGCUAUUUAAACGAGACCGUCAAGUGUGCACAAACUAUUCUACUCACAGUUUUGGAUGACUUCGUACCAGAUGGCAGCUUGAGAUACUUGCCUGUCCGCUCAUACUCUCGGUUACUAGGUGCUGCAUUAUUCCUCCUCAAGUGUUGUGCCGCUCGGAUCAAGGAGGUAGACACACGAGUAUCCCUUUCCCUUAUAAAACAACUCGUGGCAGGUCUACGGUCUAUUUACGUUGACGACACACAUCUGAGCCCCCGCUGGGGAGAUCUCCUCGACCAACUCUCGCGCCGCGUCGAAGCGCAUGCCACGGUAGCGAAGAAUUGCCCACAACCGGCGAAUACCCUUAUUCCAUCAGAUCCAACCAUACUCGGAAAUACUGCAAGCGGGUUGCAUACUCCGAUGUCCACAGUGUUAGGCCCCCCGUCACAGCCUAUGCUUCUCACGCCCAGCGAAGCUGAUGGAUCAUGUAUUCGGACUCACGUGGAGUCCCAUAGUAACAAUAAUAAUAGUCUACAAGAUUUUGAUCCUUGGGCUUUCAGUGGCAAUGAGGAAGGGUCCAAUUUCGAAGCCUUCUCGAUGUGGUGGGAUAGCCAUAUUCCUCAAUCGAUAGCUACUAAUUACACAUCUUCCCACCGGGCCCCUUGGACAGCUGAUGGCAAUGAACAGCUAUUUGGCCAUACUGCCGAUGGAGGAGGAAUAGUAGGGAGCGCACCGGGGUUUCCGGCAUAUUUGUAUUAA